AUGGAAGCUUGGUUUGCGGUGGAAGAUGGUUGGUCUCAUCCGACGGAGAAAAAUGAGAAGGGAGACUUGGUGCUUAAGCACAGGAAGAAAUGGACGGCCGAAGAAAAAGCGGAGUCCAAACAUAACUCACAGGCUCUGUCAGUUAUCUUCAAGUCUUUGCCUAGGGACAUUUUCAAUCAAGUUCAAGGAUGUGACGCGGCCAAGGAAGCAUGGGACAUUCUGGUAGUCACGUUUGAAGGCACAAGUAGGGUCAAACGUACAAGGUUGGACAAUCUUGCUUCGGAUUUUGAAAACUUGCACAUGACAGAGACUGAGUCAGUUGCUGAGUAUAGCAGUCGUCUGAGUGGUAUUGCACAAGAAGCUGUAGUUCUGGGUAAACGCUACAAGGACAAGAAGCUGGUGAAGAAAUUUCUCAGAAGUUUGCCAGACAAGUUUCAACCACACAGGUCUGCUAUUGAUGUUUCACUGAAUUCUGAUGAGCUCAAGUACAAUCAAGUAGUUGGGAUGAUGCAGGCAUUUGAGAUACAGCUGAAGAAGAAGGAAAAGAUAAAUGAGAAAUCAUUUGCUCUCAAAGCCAUUGAGGAACAGAAGAUUGCAGAGUCUCAGGAAGUUGCAGAUGAAGAAAAAGUCGGCUUGCUGGUUAAGAAAUACUUUCGCAAGAUGGAAAGAGGUCAGCGGAAGGGAACAUCAUCGGUCUUGAAAUCUGAUACUGAUAAGGAGAUCAGGAAGGGUGACAAGCAAGAACAACUGUGUGCUGAAUGUGAGGGUUUUGGGCAUUACAAGUCUGAAUGUCCAAACAACAAACGGAAGAACUCUUUGCAAUGCUAUGGAUGUAAGGGUUACGGUCACACUAAGUUUGAUUGUCCUUCACGAGAAAACAAGCAGAAGUACUACAUCACUUGGAGUGAAAGCAACUCAGAUGAAGAGGUCGGCAAAGGAGAGGUUCUUAACAGCUUCCUUGCACUGCUAGGUGUCAUUGAGGAAGAUGAAGAAGAUUAUGUGGUGCUUGAAACCAAGGACGUAGAUGAGAAGGUGAAUUCUGAUUCAGAAGGAGAAGAGGGAGAUUUGUCAGUAGAAGAUCAGAUAGAGCUUCUCAUCAAGACGGUGGUUCAGAAGACUCAAGACAACACACAAUUAACUUCUGAGAGAGAUACCUUACAGCUUCAUGUUGCCAUGAUCUCUAAAGAAUUAAGUGAAGAAAAGGCAAAGACUCUGCGACUUGAGAAGCAGUUAGAUGAACAGCUGAAGAAUAUCAGGAUGCUGAAUAAAGGAACCAAAGAUCUGGAUACACUGCUGAGUACUGGAAGAUCCAGCAAUCUGAAGUGGGGUCUGGGUUACCAAGGAACAAACACCAACCCAACCACUAAAUUCGUCAAAGGAGUGGAGUCUGAACCAGAGCUGAAGGAGAGGAAGUUCUCUCAAACGACUAGAAGGUGUGAUCAGGUUCCUGUGAAUCCGAAUUCAAGAAACCCAAGGAUGGUGGUGUUUCCUGAGUUCCAGAAUCGUGUGUCUAACCUUAUGCAACGUCGUGGGUUUUUUCCAGCUGUAAGGAGAAACACACAGGAGUAUGUCAGGAAAGAUGAUCUCUACUAUCAUGUGGCUUUCACAGCAGAAAAAACAGAGGUUGAUCAGGCCAAGUGGUAUUUUGACAGUGGUUGCUCCAGGCAUAUGACUGGUGCCCGUGAUAAUCUAUCACAUCUAGAAGGUGUUGCUGGAGGGAGAGUUACUUUUGGUGAUGGAGGAAAGGGUACAAUCCGAGGAAAAGGCACAACUGGUGGUUAUUCUCAACCACAUCUUAAGGAUGUCUUUCUGGUCGAAGGGUUGAAGGCUAAUCUGAUAAGUAUCAGUCAGUUGUGUGAUGAAGGUCUGGAUGUCACAUUCACCAAGAAGGGGUGCAAGGCUGUGGAUCAACAAGGGUCAAUACGACUUAGAGGCAGAAGAUCUGAACUGUGGCACCAGAAGCUUGGUCAUCUCAACAUUCGCACAAUGAUGAAAUUGGCUAAUCAAGAGGUUAUGCGUGGAAUUCCAAAGCUGAAAGGUGAUCCACAGUUCAUAUGUGGUCCUUGCAACAAAGGCAAGCAAGUCAAGACGUCUCAUGGGCCUGUGACAGAUGUUCGCACUAGUCAUGCACUCCAGUUAGUACAUAUGGAUCUGAUGGGUCCAAUUCAAAUUAAAAGUGAAAAAUGUUCAAUCCAAGCUAUUAGGAGUGAUCAUGGAGGAGAGUUUCAGAAUGACAAGUUUGAUCAAUUCUGCGGAAAUCAGGGCAUUGAUCAGUUGGGUAAAUUUGACUCAAAGAGUGAUGAAGGGAUCUUUCUUGGUUACUCCGGACACAACACUGCUUUUCGUGUCUACAACAAACGCACAAGAUCAGUUCAGGAAACAGUAAAUGUUGUUUUUGAUGAUACUUCGUUUCAACGAAUUGAUAUGGUGCCUGUUCUCUCUGACAAGGAUCUGGUAACUGAUGAUGAGAAGUCUGAGCAAGCCUCUGGGAGUGUGAGUGAUCAUGCCAGCACUGGAUUGUCAACAGACGAGCUUCCUCCAUCUUCUCAGGUCCAUCGGAAUCACUCCUCAGACGAUGUUAUCGGUGCGAUUCAGGGGGUAGAGUUACCAGGGGCAAACAGAUUGACUUUGCUCAGCUGGCUGGAAGGAAACAGAAGACUGUAG